CCAUCAUUGAUAUCAUCACUCGAAUAAUUCACUUUAUAACUAUCUCCGUCACUAUCAAAAAGUGUUCAAAAUUAAAAAAGAAUAUCUCAAUCCUUAUCCACUUCAUCAUUCCUAGCUUCCAAGUUAUUAUUAUAUAACUCAAUUUUUCUGGCUUAAGAGUUUUGAAAAAUAUCUUCACUAGAGAUGAUAAAAUCAGUGACUCUUCGUUCGUUUCAUCUCCCAAUUGAGUUUAACGACACCAAAUUCGUCUCACGGCCUUGUUUCCUGGCGAGAUCCUUCCCGGUGGUUCGUUGUUCAAGCACCAGAGACGUACCUAAGCUUGAACUCUUCAGCCGCGGAAAAUUCGACCGGAUUCUUCAAGAUCCGCCACUUAUUGAAAAAGCCGAAUCCGAACUCUCAGAUUACUGUUCGACGCUUGAAGGUGAUGACUCUUACAGUUGCUGGAGAGCUUACUUUGAACUCAAAGAUCUCGAAAGAGAGAAGCCAAAGGUUGAAGUUGAGAAUUUGAUUUUGCAAACAGGUGGUUUGAAAUCGUUAAUCGGGUGUUUACAUGGAGUUGCUUCAAUGGAGAAAGAUAACAAAACCAAGAAUGGUUUACAUGUAGGAGAAGAAUCAGAUAGAGAGAAAGGAAUGAAUUUGCACAUUCAUAUUCCUGAUGGUUUACCAAAAUCUGAACAAGAGUUGGAGGAAGAAGAGAAAUCGAAAAUGCCGGAUUCAGCUUUCACUAGAUUGCUUAGAAGUAAAGGAACUAUCCCUGCUUGGUUCUCUCACGCUCCUGACCACGAAACCGACUGAAAGCGGAUUACGGAUUACGGUACCUUUAGAAAGUUGUUAUCUUAUCACAGUUAUAUGUAAAUAUAGUUCUUGGUUUUGCUUUAGUUCAUGUAGUCUAUCUUUUGUUAAGAUGUGAUCAUAUUGCCAUAGAAAUGUGGUUGUUAUUACUUGAUGUUCGCCAAUGUUGAAUUUGUUUAAUGCUGUGUGCCUAUUAUAGUACUACGCGGUUUUGGUUUACGAAGAGAUUUCUAUUCUUGAUAACUGAAGUGGAUUACUACGGUACGACCUAUAGAAAGUUGUUUUCUUAUCACAUUUAUAUGUAAUUAUAGUUCUUGGUUUUGCUUUAGAUUAUAUAAUGUCUCUUUGUUAAGAUGUGAUCAUAUUGCCAGAGAAAUGUGGUUUUAUUGCUUGAUGUUCGCCAAUGUUGAGUUUGUUUUUAAUGUCGUGUGCCUAUUAUAGUACUACGCGGUUUUGGUUUACGAAGAGAUUUCUGUUCUUGAUAACGGAAGUGGAUUACUACGGUACUACCUUUAGAAAGUUGUUUCUUAUCACAUUUAUAUGUAAUUAUAGUUCUUGGUUGUGCUUUAGAUCAUAUAUUGUCUCUUUGCUAAUAUGUGAUACAUAUUGCCAUAGAAAUGUGGUUGUUAUUGCUUGAUGUUCGCGAAUGUUGAGUUUGUUUUUAUUGUCGUGUGCCUAUUAUAGUACUACGUGGUUAUUUGGUUUACGAAGAGAUUUCUAUUCUUGAUGAUGUUUGUUCUCCGGAUGUGAAGCUAAAUCUUUGAAAGGAAAACAAGAGUUUUCUAAAUAUAGGGAAAAGAUUUGUUUGGUGAUGCAAAGAUGAAAAUUGU